AUGGGAACGAGGAUGGAAGUGGCACAGCUUGAGAGCAGGAUGAACACUGAUGACUAUAGAAAGCUACAGAGCCUUUUCCUGGACACCUCAGGCCAAUCUCGCUCCUUGUCAAGAACUGAAUUCAUCAAUCUGGCUUGUUCAUCAGUUGGCCGGGGCUCCAGGGAGGAAUAUGGCCUCCUGUUUGACAGCGUGGUAGUCACUCAAGAGCACCGCGGCCUUCUUCUGGACAGUGAUGCUGUGAAGGAAGAAGGACGUGUUGACUGGGGAGGGCUGUGCUCUUUUCUUUUACUGGAGCUGUCUGAUAAAGUGAAGAUCAACAGAACUACCUGCAGUAGUGUGCCUUGCUGGAAGCCACCCCGCACUUUGACCUGUCCACAUCGAGACCCGGUACAAAAGGUGUUGUACCUGCAGAGUUCGGGUCAGUACUUGACAGUGAGUAAAGGAGGAACUGUGGGGUUGCGGGCCGGAGAGGACAUGUCCCUUCUGCACACACAUCGACUACAAAACAGCACAGUCAGACCAAAAGAUCUCUGGGUCACAGAUGUGGUGCUGCUGCACAAUGUGCACAAGAUAGCAGUGUCAUUCACAAGUAAGGAGGUGUGUUUUUAUGACACACUGUCUAAAUUGGACUUUAACUGCAAGUACAAACUCCAGGGUUUAAAGUUCACUCCCUGGUGUCUCGACUACUGGGUGGAUCCUUCUAACCCAGACCAGGCUGUCCUCACCAUAGGAGACAUUGGAGGACAGGUCAGUGCUAUAUACUUCACCUCAGCUCAGAUCUCUCUGUUUGAGAGACUCAGUCUGAGGAUGGAUUCGGAUUCAGCAGACAUCAUCCUGUGGGAUGAACUGGUUAAAGGAAAACAUCGCUCCUGUUACACAGUGACACACCAGGCACAUGAGCCAGUCUGGGUUCGAAAAGUAUGUCACCUGGGCUCACUGGAGGCCUUUGUGUCAUGCAGCACCAGCCCACAGAGCAGCAUGGUAAUUGGUUGGAGGGAAAAGGAAAGCAGGAGUGUAAGAGUCACUUCUUUCUUUACAAAGCGGGGAGUGUGGGACAUGGACCACCACUGUGGACUCAAUCUUAUAGCCACAGCAGGUGUGGACCAUCAGGUCCUGCUGUGGAACCCUUAUGUGACCUCAGAGCCAGUGUGUGUGCUCAGUGGGCACACAAGCCCGGUCACCUCCGUCCGCUUCAUGCAGACCAAGCAACAAUUGCUCAGCUACUCCAACGACAAGGUCCUGUGUUUAUGGGAUGUGUCCAGUCAGCUGUGCAUUCAUCGUCUUGACAGCAUCUUCCCAAAGACACAGGAGGACACGCACACUCUCCUGUUCCUCCACGAGGAGCAAGAACGGCUCCUGCUAAGCUUCAACAGCCUACUUCUCUUGCUGGAGACUAUGAAGGAGGAGAAGAGGAUUAACAGCCAUGAGCACCCUGUUACCUGUGUGCUCUAUAAUAGUUUGUUCAGACAGGUAGUCAGCAGUGACUCUGCCUCCUCUGUGAUCUGCUGGUUGGCUGACACAGGCCAAAAGGUCAAGCAAAUCUGCGGUUGCCACGGAAACGCUGAAAUCUCUGCUAUGGCCCUAGAUGGCACACAGACUCGACUGUUUACUGCAGGCACUGAUGGAGAGGUCAAAGUUUGGGACUUCAACGGCCGCUGCCUACACAGAAUGAAUGCUGGCCUGGGUCAUGCUGUGGAGAUCUCACAGGUUCUGCUGCUGAAGAGGAGCAUACUGGUGAUGGGCUGGGAAAGGAUGUUAACAGUAUUCCGUCUGCAUUCCUUCUCGCAGCCUUGUGUUGAACCAUCAGAGUGGAAGGGGGGUGUUCAGCAUCGUGGUGAUGUGCUCUGUGCUGCAUUCCAGCCUCCACAGACUCUGGUCACAGGAAGCUAUGAUGGAGAGAUUAUAGUGUGGAACAACAGCACUGAAAAAGCUUUGAGAAAACUGUGGCCGCGUGCUGGAUCUGAUGAAGGCGAGAAGCACCAAGGUCUCACAGGCACACACACAUUCAAAGAAAUUCAACAAACAACAAACUGCAUUGCUGUCACCAGGUUGUUCUUUUUACCAGGGCGCACAUCUGUGGCUGCAGCAGGUGGUGCAGAUUUGGUGUCAUGUGGCGGCUCAGGUGUGGUCAGGUUCUGGAACAGCCUCAACAGCCAUCUGGUGGGACAGUUCACCUCUCACAAUCGAGACCUGGGGUCUAUUGUUAUGACUGUCAGCCCCUGCGGAAAACAUAUAGUCACAGCUGACAGAGUGGGAAUACUGAAGACAUGGGACAUAGAGCAUUAUUGCCUCAAACCAGCUGAAGGAGUAAUCAAAGAACUUCCAAAACUGCUGCAUAGUUUCCACCCACACCUUGAUCGUGUGACUCACCUGGAGACAUGUAUCCAUGUGGAUAGGGUCCUCCUUCUGUCCGCAUCAUCAGACUGCAGUGUGGCUCUAAGCUACCUGCCUGGAGACACCAUUGGUUUGUUUGGACAGGAGAAGCCGUGGUGCUUAGAGAGACCUGGAUGUCUUCACCCACAGCAGGACUCAGAGCAGCAGCAGGGAGACCAUAAAGGACAAGGGGACACCACACAGAGAGGGGAGAGGUCAAUUCCAGCUCCCAGUGAGACAUAUGCUGACCUAGACCCUGACACCUCAGCAAAGGAUGGAGAGGUGGGGAUGAAAGUCAAGGAGGCAGAAGUAGACAGAAGAUAA